GACCAAACAAGAUUACUUCCCAGAGGCUUCACGAUUAAGGCAUCAAUUCCACGGAUGACUGUCAACCAGGUAUCUAUUGGACAAUUUAAUUCUCCAGAGCUUAAUUUCUUCAUGUUAACAAAACAUACAUUGUCACCCUGACAUAUUCUAGGACUGUCAUUUCCUCUUGUGCGAUUUUUUUCCCUGUCUAUUGUAAAAAAUAUUAGAUUUGCAGGAUAUGAUGAGGAAAUUAAACACAUGGAUUUCCAGUCGUAUAGCACGAUUCUUGCCUUAACAUGACCCACAUGUUAUCUCUGGAAGGGCUUCAGCAUAUGAUAUUGCUUGUUAAGGAGUGAAAACAACUUAAAUCCAUCAACGUAAAAUGCUCAUAUUUAUACAUGGAGAUCUAUAGACUUUGAAUUAAAUAAUCGUGUUCGGGAAUUCAUUAUAUUAAAUGGAAUAUUGAAAAUUGGCAAGUUCUUGUAGAAUUACUAAGCAUAUUUAAUUGGGACUUAAUUAUUCACUUUAAGAGUAUCUCAUUUUACAGAGAGAUAACUCGGUGAAAUCAAUGUAUUAUUUUGUUUGAGUGAUUUUUAUCUGCACGGAGGCUUUUAAUAAAAUCACAUUACAAUUUACAUAUUUAUAUCAUCAUCCAAGCUUGACAAGUUCAUGAAGACACCAGAAAAUUAAAGUGUUUAUUUCCAGAAUAAUCAUCAAUGAAAUUUGGAUUUUAAAAGAUGAAUUGUUAUCAGAUAGUAAAUUAAAAUUGAAAUAACAACACCAUGGCUUUACAAUCGGACACAGUGACUAUCGAGGACCUUAAUGCUGAGGAGACAAAAUAUUACCUCGGAGGGACAAUUCUCGUGUGCAUUUUGAGCAUAAUUGGAAUUAUUGGAAACUUGCAUGUACUUUUGGUGUAUGUUUUCCGUAUGAAACAAUCUAACCAUCGUGUCUUCAUCAUAUUUUUGGCAGUGCUGGAUCUUAUCACAUGCACGGUGGGGAUGCCAUUUGUUGUCAGUAAUUUUCUAAAACCGUUGACAUUUUACGACACGACCAUUUGUAAAAUACUGACAUUUUACAAUUUCUUCAUCUGCAUUUCAUCGGCAGGCAUUUUAAUUGUCAUAUCAGUGGACAGAUAUCGUAAGAUCUGCAUUCCUUUAGGUAAGCAGAUGUCACAGAAACUGGCAAAGUCUAUGUGUUUACUUGCUAUGGGACUUUCCUUACUUUGCUCAUGGCCUGCACUAUUCAUGUAUGGUAGCACUCCUGUGCAGACUUCCGUACCAGGUCUCAAUGGUAGUGAAUGUAACAUUCUCGUGGAAAUCAAGGACACCUACUACCCAAUAUACUUCAACGCAGUUUUGCUUUUUGUUUCAUUUAGCAGUUUUGUGGUCCUUGCUAUUCUGUACUGCAUUAUUGGCAAAGCCAUCUGGAACCAUCACACUUUCAGCAGCAAAGGUGAUGAUACAAAUACAGAGGUCACACAGGUCAAAAUGAGCGACGUCAAACCCUCUAUCAAAGCUGAAGCUACAUUUCAUUCAGGAAGCUCCGAUUCCGGCGAGCACAGUAACUUAAGAGUAGAGGAUACAGAGAAAAGUGUCGAUACUGUAGUCUCUGACAUUGAUGCUCCGGUAAAUUCGAAACGUCGCUCGUCUAGUUUGGGUCAGAUACAGAAAGUACCAGUUAGUGCCCUACAACGUGCAAAGAACAAAUUUGAUCGCACAAAACGCACCACCAUGAUGUUAUUCUGGAUAACAAUUAUUUUCUUCCUCAGUUAUGUCCCCUACCUGAUUCUGCGAAUCGUGUCCUAUAUUUAUCCAGAUUGGUAUAAUGGAAUGUCUUUUGCAGGGAAAGUAACUUACAAUACAUUACUGUGGUGCGUUUAUAUAAACAACAUGGCAAACUGUAUCAUAUAUGGAUUUUGCGAUCAGCGCUUCAGGCUGGAGGUUAAACGGGGUUAUAACACUAUCUGUAGAAGAAAUUAAUACAUCUAUGAUCAAUGAACAUGACCUGAUCAGUUGUGUGUUCUGUUAGCAAAAUGGCGGCAGCAAGGACUCGAGCAAACUAUUUUAUAUCAACAUAAAUCAGUAUGAAAUGUGUACACACAAAAAUUGACUGUCUGACUGUGGACAUAUUAGAUACAGCAUAAUACUUUAAUGGACAUAAUCAUUUUUGUUUCAUUUCAUUCUAUAACAUUUACUUGAAGAAAUUGAUUCUUUUGUUAUUAUCAUAACUGAAUGAUAAUCAAUACACUGGUGGAAUUGUGUAAAAGAAUUGCGCGCCUUUAAAUUGACUAAAAAAUUGUACGAAAGGCAUAUCCAUUAUUAUUAUAUAUUGUAUGAACUAUAUAUUUAUACAUAUUAGCUUUAAACCUAUUACAAAUUUUACACAUAAUAUUACAAGUUUUAUCUUCAUACAUUAAACC